AUGACGCUCGUCGAUUCAGACUCACCGAUAGAAGAGACUCGAGAGAGUGCCCCCUCAUCCAAUCAUGAAUCGAUUGAUGAGAAGGCCGGUGUCUUCGUGUCCUUGGGCAAAGAUGAGCUGAAAGCCCAAGCAUCCGACCUGAGUGAAGAGGAUGAUCGCAACAGUGAUAAGGUUAUCAUCGUCACUGGUGCCGAUGCUGCUGUGCACUUACUGCCGAUGCGAGAUGACUUUGAUCCUGCAUUGACUUUCAGAAGCAUGGUAUUGGCAUCUGGACUUUCGUGUUUCCAAGCUGUCAUGAAUCAAAUUUAUUAUUUUAAACCGACGUCUGUUAGUAUCCAAGGUACCUUUAUCGUCUUGAUUUCAUAUUUCAUCGGCAAUGCCUGGGCCAGAUUCCUUCCCCGGGGCGAUAAAUUUGAAGCGCGGUGGAGGGCAAACGGUGGCCAAGGAAAAUUACCUCGAUGGCUCCGGCUCAUCAAGUUUAUCAAUCCCGGAGUUUGGACUUUGAAGGAGCACGCAGUCUGUUCUAUCACUGCAACAUCAGCCUCAAAUGCAUCAUCAAGUUCAGCUGUUUUUGCAGCACAGAAACUCUUCUAUAAUAUGGAUGUGACCGCGGCUACUGUUAUCCUGAGCACUAUCUCUAUUGGUCUAUUUGGCUAUGGUCUAUGUGGCUUGAUGCGUCCGAUCGCGGUUUGGCACACAGAGGCUGUUUACUGGGGAACCUUACCUACUGUCAAAGUACUCCAGGGAAUUCAUUGGCAAGAGGUGAAAAAUUCCAAGCCUCUGAGAUACUUCUGGUAUGCUUUCAGCGGCAUGACCCUGUAUGAGAUUAUUCCAGCCUACAUCUUCCCUUGGUUGAAUUCCGUUUCUAUUCCUUGUCUCGCAGCACAAAAAGCUACGGGCAACAAGGCUAAGGUCCUUACUAAUAUUUUCGGUGGAGCUACAAACAAUGAAGGUCUCGGACUUUUCACGCUCAGUUUCGAUUGGCAAUAUAUCACCUCUUAUCAAACUUCCCUUCCUCUCAAGCUUCAAGCUCAUCAGGCCCUUGGGUUCGUGGCAUGUAUGAUUGCCAUGGUUGGAAUCUACUACGGCAAUGGCUGGAACUCGCGAUCACUUCCCUUCAUGUCGACGAAACUUCUGAUGUCAAAUGGCACAAAAUAUCCAACUAGCAGCGUCUUCCCUGAUGGUGUACUUGAUGAGACCGCCUUGGUGAAAUAUGGACUACCUAAGCUAACGGGUUCAUUUGCUUUUGCCAUGCUUAUGGCUAAUGCUGCGAUUGGUGCCAUGAUCAUGCAUUGCAUUCUCUUCUGGGGGAAAGAUAUCUGGCGAUCGUAUAAGAAGGCAAGAGAAGGCCGAUUCGACGAUCGUCAUCACGUUCAUAUGGCAAAGCAUUACAAGGACACACCAUGGUGGUGGUACGGAAUUGUUCUUAUUGGCAGUUUUGUUCUGGGUCUCAUCGUCGUUCUGAAAGAGAAUAUUAGCCUUCCAGCCUGGGCUUACGUCGUGUCGCUUAUAAUAGGAAUUAUCAUUGCACCAUUCAGCACUCUUGUUUAUUCUCGCUACGGCAAUGGCAUUGCUACGAACAAUCUUUCGAAAAUGUUAGCAGGCCUCAUGAUUCCUGGACGGCCAGUCGGUAACAUGUACUUUGCUUGUUGGUCGCAUAAUGUUGUGAUGAACGCACUCAAUCUAUGCAAUGAUUUGAAGAUGGGUGAAUAUCUCAAAAUUCCACCUCGUGUGAUGUUUCUUACCCAAAUAUGGGGAACCCUGCUCGGCGGUUUCAUCAACUAUGCCAUCAUGAUAUCUGUUGUGGGCAGUAACCAAGCACUACUCGCUAAUGGCAACGGAAACAACGCAUGGAGCGGUGCGACUAUUCAAGCAUAUAACACAAAUGCAGCUUCUUGGGCCUUAGCACCAUACAUCUAUAAGGUCGGCACUGAGUACUCGAUGGUGCCUAUUGGAAUAGCAAUUGGAGCAGGAGCAGUUGUUGUUCAACGCUUUGUCUACCAGUUUUCCCCCAAGAUCAGAGGUUUUGAUAUCUCUGAAAUCAACAUGCCGCAGUUCAUCCAAUACGCCGGUUUCAUUCCAUAUAACCAAAGUCAGACCUGCGUUGUCCUCAGCUGGAUCCUUUCUGGUUUUUUUGUCCAGUACUACCUCCGAAACUACCAGCCACGCAUCUUCAAAGAUUACUCAUACCUAGUCACUGGUGCUUUCGAUGGAGCCAGUCUUACGGUCAUGUUCAUUCUUUCCUUUGCGGUGUUUGGCGCCGGAGGAGCUUCCCACGAUUUCCCGAGCUGGUGGGGUAAUAAUUCAAAUGGGAACUACGACUGGUGUCCAACCAGUGAUUCUUAG